UUUUUUUUUUUAAUGACGAAUCUUUAAGUAGACUUUUGAAAAUCCGUAAUAAAUGAAAUACUUUCUUACGAUAGAUAUCACUGAUUAGCCUUGACUAGAUCACGCGCAUUUUUUGGGUGCCAGUAGUUAAAGUACUUAUUUUGAUACGUGGACGCGUUUGUUCGCACGUGUAUCGCGUUCCUUGAACUUGAAUUAUCCUUACGAAUAUUCUUUCCUUUUUAGUUUUUAAAGUGUAUAUAAUAAAGAAAAAAAUUUAACGAAAUGAAUAAAUUAAAUGUUAUUGACGUAACAUUGACGAUGUUACUCAUAUUUUCUUUACCACGAACGGUGAUCUCUUAUUUGGAAAAUGCCUGGUCAGCUGGAGGAAGUUGAAGGAAAGCAUGCCACUUUUGGUAUGGGAUGCUUCUGGGCUGGUGAUUCCCUCUUUGGAGCAUUACCCGGUGUUAUAAGAACUUGUGUAGGUUAUUCCGGUGGUACUAAGGAGACGCCAACAUAUAAAAACAUAGGUGACCAUACAGAAGUUAUUGAUAUUGAAUUUGACCCAGAUGUUGUAUCAUACGCGCAAUUACUUAGUAUGUUUUGGAAUAACCAUGAAUAUAGUUUAAUUACAAAAAUUAAACGACAGUACAUGUCAUUAAUUUUAUAUCACGACGAGGAACAAAAGAUGAUAGCUGAAAAAUCAAAAGAUCAUGAACAACGUGAACGUGGAGAGACAUUUGUCACCGAGAUUAAACCAUUUGAAAAAUUUUAUCCAGCAGAAGAUUAUCAUCAAAAAUAUCGUCUUCAAAAUCAUCCAUGGUUAAUCGAAACUACCGGUCUUACAACAGGUGAGAUAUUACGUACUUCACCUUUAGCAGCUAAAUUGAAUGGGUAUAUAGCAGGAGUUGGAUCAUUAGAGCAACUUGAAAAAGAUUUACCAAAUUUUGGUCUUAGUGACAAAGCUGCACAGUAUAUAAAAAAAUAUCUUAUUAAAAAUCAAGGAACUGGUCUAUAUUGUUAGUUUAUUAAAUAAAUGAAAUUAAUUCUACUGGAAAAAUGUAGACUGACGAAAUUAGUUCCUUACUGCAAGGAAGUCUGUUGUUUAAUUUAGUUUAAUUUAUAAAACUUUGUUAUAAAUUGAUUCAUAGAUACAAAAUGUUACUUCUGCUCAAAUUAAAUAUGAAGUAUUUAUUAUAAAAUCUAAAUAAUAGUAUUAUAGCAAAUCAUAUUUUUUUCUCUUUUUAUAUCAUGUUGUAAGAUAUAGAUAGUUAAAGUUACACGCAAUAGUUUUAUGCAUACUACAAACACCUUCUUUUCAUGUAUGAUGAUAUUUCAUAUUUUUAGUUAUUUUACAUCCACAGUAUUAUCCAUACUUCUAUUGAGAGUAUAAGAAUAAAAGAGAGUACCAUCAUGGAUAUUAUAUAUAUAUGACGUGUUAACAUAAAAAGAAACAUACGUGUUCUCAUUGAAUUUUUUUUAACCAUCAUUAAGUGUACAGUGCUAUAUAAUAGUGUACUUGUAUGCUAUA